AGUACCUACCUUCCGAAGGGUCAUUGACUCCAGGCUUGCCCAAGGCAACAGUUAAAUCGAUCAGGGUGGUCAAUUCCCCAGCCUGAUUCCACAUAUUUCCAACAGCACACCUUUUUGUUGCAUGGGUAGAUCAUUACCUAGGAGCUGUGCGAUCUCAGCAGCUCGAUGAAGCCCCAGGUCUAACUACAUCAACCAUCCCCCUCCUCCAGUCUGACGGUGGUUCCCACCCCCUGACUCGACAAUGGCUCAAGAUAAACCCCAAGAUGCCGGGCCUCAAACCCCAAUUCCCCCGGCGGCGCCGCCAACACAAGCCCCCAGCGCCCCCCGACCAGGGCCAAACCAGCCGCUGACCCUCCCAACCGAGGAAGAAAUCAAGCAGCUCAAGGCCCGACUCGAGCAACAACAGCGCGCCACGCUGGGCGACGCGUGGCGGACCAUCAAGGCGGACGACUUCCUCUCGGUGCACGAGUACCCGUGCUCGCGGCAGGGGUUCCUGACGGGCAUCGGGGGCGGCGCGGCGGUCGGGUUCCUGCGGUUCGUCAUGGGCUCGCCGGUGCCGCGGGCCGCCAACUGGGCCGUCGGCGUCGGUGUCGCGGGCGCCGUGGCGCAGUUCGAGUUCUGUCAGUACCGCCGCCGGCGCGAGCGCGACAAGAUCAAGAGGGUCGUCGAGGUGUACGACCGGAAGCAGGCCGAGACGCGGCAGAAGGAGGAGGAGAGGAGGAGGGUGGAGCGGAUCCGGGAGGAGGAGGAGGCGAGGCUGAAGGCGCAGAGGAGGUGGUACAAGUUUUGGUGAGCUGGGCAGGGGUCAUAUCCCCCAGCUGUAUAUAUUUGUCACAUGUAUUAAGGAAGACAUGUAUCCGUACAGCGGUCUGCAAUCUGCAUGGCCUGGGGCGGAGGAGCAUCGGUGUUUUUGGAAAUCGAAUUCAAGAAGGAUGCAUGGAAGUGCCAUAAUUCUCAAUAAUUAAAAAGAGC